AUGCGUCCAAUGGCCUGGGAGGUAGUAAUUGUAUGUCCGUGGUGCGGUGGUGGACACAAACUGGAUGGGACAGAGCAGCGCUACAUGGGGGACGGAGGCGACAGCGGCUGGUACCACCGCUCCGACAAACCGUAGAGACCGAUUCUCAACCUCUCAUCCGCUCACGGUGCCCCUCUGCUGGCCACCGACUUGAUGAAAUAACCAAGCCCACACAUCGCCUUUGAGCGUCUCCUUUCUCUGAACAUGGACUGACCGAAUAACCCUCUGGAUGAUUUGAUGGGGCUGCUCCGAGUCAUGAUGCCGCCCAAGAUGCAGCUUUUGGCGCUGCUGGCGUUCGCCGUGGCCAUGUUCUUCCUGGAGAACCAGAUCCAGAAGCUGGAGGAGUCCAGGGGGAAGCUCGAGCGCGCCAUCGCCAGACACGAGGUGCGAGAGAUCGAGCAGCGGCACACGCAGGACGGCCUGCGGGAACGGGACUCGCCGGCCUCGCCGCCGUCCGAGGGCGAGGACGACGUCGUCAUUAUUUACAACCGCGUGCCCAAGACGGCCAGUACCUCCUUCACGAACAUCGCCUACGACCUGUGCGGGAAGAACCACUAUCACGUGCUGCACAUCAACACCACCAAGAACAACCCGGUCAUGUCCAUACAGGACCAGGUGCGAUUUGUGAAAAAUGUGACUGAGUGGAGGGAAAUGAAGCCGGCCUUCUACCACGGACACGUCUCCUUCCUGGACUUCACCAAGUUUGGGGUCAAGAGGAAGCCCAUCUACAUAAACGUGAUCCGGGACCCCAUUGAAAGGCUGGUGUCCUAUUAUUACUUCCUGCGUUUCGGGGAUGACUACAGGCCCGGUUUGAGACGCAGGAAACAAGGAGACAAGAAGACGUUUGAUGAAUGUGUAUCUGCCGGCGGCUCAGAUUGUGCUCCUGAGAAGCUCUGGCUGCAGAUUCCCUUUUUCUGUGGUCACUACUCUGAAUGCUGGAACGUGGGCAGCCAGUGGGCUCUGGAGCAGGCGAAAUUCAACCUGGUGAAUGAAUACAUGCUGGUUGGAUUAACCGAAGAGCUGGAGGACUUUGUCAUGAUGCUGGAGGCCGCGCUGCCCCGCUUCUUCAAAGGAGCCACUGAGCUGUACAAAACAGGGAAGAAAUCCCACCUGAGGAAGACCAGCGAGAAGAAGCCGCCCACAAGGGAGUCAAUCGCCAAGCUGCAGCAGUCGGCCAUCUGGAAGAUGGAGAACGAGUUCUACGAGUUUGCGCUGGAGCAGUUCCAGUUUGUCCGGGCACAUGCUGUCAGAGAAAAGGACGGGGAGCUCUACCUGCUGGCACAAAACUUCUUCUAUGAGAAAAUCUACCCCAAAAACUAAAGAGUCAUGUGCCCGCAGAAGAGGACAUUUGGUGCAGGCUCCGUGCGGUCCACGAAAAAAGAGAAGGAAAGGGAGCGUAAUGGACUGACAGGUGACUGUUUGGACUUGUGCUUGAUGGCAUGGCGUGGAGCUGCAGAACAACCGCCCUCUGGUGACAGCUGCCUCACACACUCGUCCGUGUGCCGGCCAACUGGACGGGGAGCUUGUGUUUCGUUGGCAGGUUGUGUUCCAAGCAGCCCCC